AAUGUACUUGCCGAGCCGAGGAUAAAUUGAAUCUUUUCCGCCUCUCAUUUAAUUCUACAACAAUAUUAUUUCAAAAGAGCUCUCCUACUUGGGUUUUUAGUAUUUGUAUGUCUCGGGGCACUCUUUAUGUACUGUUUUUUGUACUUUUAACUUAUUCUCACUUCUGACCAUGGCCGUACCAGCCGCUUUGAUCCCCCCGACCGCUCUGGUUCAGCCACCUCCGAUCUCAACUUCUUCAGCCACAACCACCUCGCCCUCGACAAGCGCUUCUCCCUCGCCUUCAUCUGCGCCUACCGGACAGAGCCUGUUCCGAGCGGAGCUUACUGCCACCACCAGCCCGGGCAUCCCAGUCGGCACCCUGCCCGGUAAACCAGUGUACUCGACCCCGUCUCCGGUGGAAAACACUCCACAGAAUAAUGAGUGUAAAACGGUAGAGCUACGGGGAGUGAAGAUAGCUUCCUUUACCGUGGACGGUCGCGAGCUCAUCUGUCUUCCCCAGGCGUUCGACCUCUUUUUAAAACACUUUGUUGGAGGGCUGCACACUGUUUACACCAAGCUGAAGAGGCUGGAGAUCACGCCGGUCGUGUGCAAUGUGGAACAGGUCCGCAUCUUGCGGGGGCUCGGGGCUAUCCAGCCAGGAGUCAAUAGAUGCAAGCUCAUCUCCAGGAAGGACUUCGAGGUUUUGUACAAUGACUGCACAAAUGCGAGCUCCAGACCUGGGAGACCUCCAAAGAGAACACAGGGCGUCACUUCUCCGGAGAACCCCCACAUCAUGCCACACACUGUACCUGGCCUUAUGUCAUCAGGAAUCAUCCCCCCCACAGCUGCCGCGGCUGCAGCAGCAGCUGCCACAAACGCCGCCCUUGUCGAGGCCAUGAAGGUAAAGAAGAUCAAGCUGGAAGUGAUGAGCAACUACCACGGCAGCAGCAACCAGCACGGAGCCGACGAGAACGGGGACUACAGCUCCAGCGUGGGUCUAGAACUUCCAUUUAUGAUGAUGCCACACCCACUAAUUCCAGUCAGCCUACCUCCUGCAUCUGUCACCAUGGCAAUGAGUCAGAUGAACCACCUCAGCACCUUCGCAAACAUGGCUGCGGCUGCCCAGGUCCAGAUCGCACCCUCUCGAAUGGUGACCUCUGUUAUAAAGGAACGUGUUCCAGAUAGCCCCUCUCCAGCGCCCUCUCUGGAGGAUGGGAGAAGACCAAGGAGCCAUGCAUCUUCCCACCAGAGCAGCAGUAUGACCAGCUCUCCAGCACACACAGAGAGCUCCUGCGACAGGAUACCCUUGCACCAGAAUGGGCUGUCCUUGUCCCAGGCCACCGUGGGGCUGUCAUCAAGCACACUGCCUGGCCCAAAGGAGGGGGACCUCGCCACUCAUGAAAUGGGACACGAGGUGAAAAAGUCACACACUGAAAGAGAUGAGGCUCCGCAGUGCACUCCCACGGCGAGAGACAGCUACGGGAGGCCCACCCGGGUCGGCCACAUUUUACCUGCAGGGUUCCCCUCUCCUCUCCUCUUCCCUGAAGGCCUGUCAUCCAUAGAGACACUACUAACAAACAUACAGGGCCUUCUGAAAGUGGCCAUCGAUAACACCCGGGCCCAGGAGAAGCAGGUCCAGCUGGAGAAGAGCGAGCUGAAGAUGGAGCUGUUUCGAGAGCGCGAGAUGAGGGAGACCCUGGAGAGGCAGCUGGUGGUGGAGCAGAAGAACAGAGCAAUAAUCCAGAAACGGCUGAAGAAAGAGAAGAAAGCAAAGAGGAAACUGCAAGAGGCCCUUGAAUACGAAACCAAACGACUCACUCAAGCAGAGCUGUCCUUGAAGCAGUCACCAACCAACAGCCUCAGAACGCUGAAUGACUCGUUGACCCAGGAGAUUGAGGCUGACCACAACAGUGGAAGAACAGAUGCUGAAAGGACAAUACAAGAUGGAAGACUGUUUUUGAAAACGACAGUGAUGUACUGACAUGGUAUUGAAGAGGAAAGACAAUAGCUCAUGAGAUUAUUUAGAGGCUUUUUUUUUACCAGACAGAGCAGGAUGAUGCAGUCACAAAAACAAAUCAUUUCUUUUGCUUCAAGUGUUUCCCAGGGAAGGAUGCAAUCAAGAGACAUUUUGUGUGAUAAGCAUUUUUUUUUUUUUUUUUUUUUUUUGGUGGGUAUAUACCUCAACUCAAAAAGACAUCAUCAAGCAACUGUAGCUGUUGCUGACAAAGAAGGCAACAAGCAAAAAAAGGCCACUUUUUCCAGUUUAUGCGCCAUUAUGAUGGUAUAUGAAAGUACAUAGCAAACACAGUUUUGAGUAGUCAGUUAUUUGAUGAGUAAUUAUUAUACAAGUAAACAAUCAUAUUCUUCUAUUUUCUUGUUAUUACCACUGUCACACAUCAUAUACGUUAAUAAUACUAAAAAUAAUAUUUGAGACAAUGACAGAGUUCUGUCUAAACCUUUCUCUGCAGCUGUCCCUGCCAUACUGUUGACUCUUACAAUAUGUGCAAAAUUAGUUUUUGUCUUCAUUGUACAGCACAGAACACUCCAGCAUCAGGAUAUACACUGGCAGUAAUACUUCAGACUUACAGAAGGUUUGUUUUUCUCAAUAUUGUUAAACCAGCAAGACAGCUUUCAACAGGAAUUUCAAUUGACAGAAUUUAUUUUAUAUUCCUAAGAAAUUAUGUGAUUUUAUACAUUAAUGCCAAGACCAUGAAAAAACGUAUUGCUUGAAGCUUCUGGAAAAAAAGGUAUUAUAUCCAUGCUAAUAAAAUGACAGUUUUCACAGUUUAAUUAAUUAGGAGGACAACUGCUUGUUUUUACCAUUCGUGUAUAUAUACUGUAUGAGAUGAAAGAUAAAUAGUAUGGUAUGUGUAUAUAAAGUUGACAUAUGGAAUGAUGUAUGAGACCAGAAAACAGUACAAACUGUUUGUGUACUUAAGCCACUGUUCUUUCAAGAGCUGCCAUUUUAGUUGACCAUGACAUGUUUAACCUUAAAAUGAUUAAACUGAUUUUUCAAAUUAUGAUAUUGUUUGCCCUUACUUUCAACCAAUUUCUGUAUGUGUUGGCACAUAUAUACACUCAGUGGGAACUUUAUUAAGUAUUUAUUAGACUUAUUUUCUUAGACUUCUGCUGAUGUAGCCUAUCUACUUUUCUACUAGGUUUGACACGUGUUUAGAGAUGCUCUUCUGUAUACCACUGUUGUAAUGUGUGGUUAUUUGCGUUACUUCCUGUCAGCUUCGACCAGUCUGGCCCUUCUCCUCUGACCUCUUUCAUUAAGAAUGCGUUUUUGCCCUCAGAACUGCUCCCUGGAUGUUUGUUUUUUUGUUUUUGUUUUUUCCAUAUUCUUUGCAAACUCUAGAGACUGUUGUGUGAGAAAAUCCCACAAGAUCAGCAGUUUCUGAGAUACUCAAACCACCUUGUGUGGCACCAACAAUCAUUCCACAGUCAAAGUCACUUAGAUCACAUUUCUUUCCCAUUCUGCCAUUUGGUCUGAAAAACAUCUGAAUCUCUUGACCAUGUCUGCAUUCUUUUAUGCAUUUAGUUGCUGCCAUAUGAUUGGCAGCUGAUUAAAUAUUUUCAUUAGCAAGCUGGUGUACAGGUCUACCUAAUAAAGUGGUCACUGAGUGUAUGGUUGUCAUCAUUGUUUUUGGAAAAGAAAAUACAUGUUCAUUUAAAAAUGUAUAUUUAAUUCUGUUAAGUUUGGUACCAUGAAGUUUUCAUAGCUUCACAUUCGGACAAAUCAGCCAGUCUCUAAGCCUCAACACUGUUGAGAGAACGUGUUUGAAGACAACAAAAUGGUAAUAACCUAGUUGCCGUUACCACUGUACCCCAUUCAGUUAACAUGUUCUGAAAUUACACCAACAGGAUAUUGAACCAACUCAGCUUUUGGAAACAUGAGAGAAACCUCACUAUGCCAGGAUCAUACUGUAUGUCAUGUAUUCUUUCAAAUCGGUGUCUAAAACAUAACAGAAUGCUGCCACAUUAAAUUGUGCUUUGUUUAUUUUGUAUUCAUUUGGUGGUACAGUAAGUUAACCCACUGUAGCCUGUGUUGGGCCGUCUUAAUAAUAAGAAAUAUUGACACUUAAAAAGUUAUCACUUAUUUAUAGGAAAAUUCUUUAUUUAAAACAUAAAUGCUGAAGAUAUGCUUCUUAGGCCUGGAUUUGUAAUAUUAUAGGCAGCUAUUUUUAUAAUGGUUAUAAUUGUAUUGUUUUAAUGUUAGUUUUUCUUUUGAUUCCUUAGUUAAAUGUACUGUCUAACUGUAUGUUAUCUCGGUCACUUUAAUGAAGCUAACAUGGGGUCAUCAUUUCUUUAAUUUGUGAUAUAGUUUCUAUGUAUAAUGUAUUGCAUUCAGGUAUACACUAGAUACAUUUAUAAGCAUAUUGUUCCCCUACACAUUCAAGUACAAGGCAGGAAUUUUACUGUGCAUAUGAAGCUUUGUUUAGUUUUUUCUUUGUGUGUGUGUGUGUGUUUGUGAGAGAGAAAGAGAGAGAAAGAGAAGAAGAGGGAGGAGGGGAAAGAGCAAGAAAGAAAGUAAGCAUGUAUGCUCGCGUGUAAUUUUUUAUAUACCUUCAUGUUACUACAGUAUAUAAGUGUGUAAAUGAAGAUGAAACUUACAUUUUAAAUGUAAAUAAAUCAUUUUCUGUGUAAA